UUUAUUUUAUUGCAUAGAAUUUAAAAAAUCAUUCUGUUGAACACAAAUUAAUUUGUACAAGAAUUCCAGAUAGAAAAUAUAAUUGACACUACACAUGUUAGAAACACUGCUAUAUACAGUAACUAGUAAAGUUUACCACAAGAUAAAAUUGGCUCUGCACUGAUACUAGUUGAUAUACAAUCUUCAGCAAAGGAGGCAUCCAAGUCAACUGGUAAUGGAAAUUGCAUUUAUAAUUCUGCAUCACUAUGUUUAACAGGGAAUACCCACGAUAAUACAUGCUUCAAUUGUGUUUUGCUGCUUGCACAUGGAGUUUUUUACUUAAAUAUACAAUAUAUCCAGUAUGUCAGCUAUUUAUGAACAUAAAAGCACAUAUACAAUGUGUAAAUGCAACUCUCCCCCAAAGAGUUACAUUUUAUUUGGUAAAUUUUUAAAAACUGAAAAUGCAUCCCCAUAAAAUUAAAUUUAAAAUGCACCACCCCUUCUGAAAUCCUGGAUAUACCUUUGAGUGUAUUGAUUUAUUGCUACUUUUAUUUAAUAUGUACCCCUUUCUGCAAAUUUAAAAUAAUUAAGAUCCUUGAAAAUAAUGCAUAAUAAAGCAAUAUUAUCCAGGUAAAAGAUUUAUAUCAACAAUGUGCAAUAACAUAAUAGGUAUCAGAAAAUGUAUUCCAUUUUAAUAUUACAAUUAAAAUACAAGUAAAUAAGAACAUCAGAUGUCUUAUCUUAGAAUUAUUUCUCUUUAUUUCAGGAGAUGAAACCUUAUCCCACAGGCUGCAAGACCUGAUUGCUGUUGAACUUUUUAUUCAUGAAGAAUAUUAUGGUCACUACCUUAUUAUCAAGUCUGCAGCAAAGCAUAAAGAUAUUGUUUCCAAAUGGGAAGAUGACAUAUUUAGUAAGAUGAUGAUCCAAGCAGACAACCAAGUAACAUGAUGUUCAAACAAGGUUCAUAUCGUAUAAGAUGAAGCCCUGAAAACAUGUCAACAUGAAGAGUGGAGCUGUUUCCUCUAUUUUCUUGGUCUGGCAUCAGUUUUGCAGUUCCAAAUUUACUUUGUGUAUCCUGAUAUUAAUCCUGGAGUGCAACCAUUGUUAAAUUCUGUGAUUUCACCUAGAUUAUGGAACACAGCAAAACAGAGGAAUGAUACAGAAUUAUCAAUACUCUUUUCUAGUGAUAGCAAUCUGGACAACAGGCCUGGAGCUUGGUAUACACCUAACAAUUUUGUUCCAUUGCUAAUCGAACAAAAUAUUACAGAACCACCAACUAAAGUGCCAAAAAUUUGCAAUGCAGCUGAAACCAAACAAUCUUGCAAGCAACAGCAGCUUCAAGAGAAAAAAAAUGAAGCAGUCUCAGCUCAGUUCUUUUAGAAUUCUUCCAGUCCCAUUUCAGGACAAGGCAUAUGCUUCACACAAAGGCACAGAGUUAACUUCUAAAAUAUCAAACUCUCUUAUCACUGAUCAAAUUCCAUCUAGUAAUCAGCCAAAAACAUCAAAUAAACAGCAAAGCUAUAGCCUUCUUGUGGCACAUCAACCAAUGAAUCACAAGUUCCCCAUCAGGACAAAUGGUGUCAAAACCAAAAAGAACAGAGCUUUUCAGUCAACUUGGUUCCAAUGGUAUUAUACUAGAUUCUGAACUUGAAUAUUCCUUAAUUACUUUUACAUAUAUUUCUAUGAAUACAUGUACCUAUAUUCUAGUGUUUUUUAAUUUUUCACAGAAAUAUGAUAAAAUGAACAGAACGUUUAUUAUAUUUAAAUUUAUAACCUUUAUUUUACCAUUGUAUUGGGAAUGUGUCUGCAGCAUCAAAAUAAAAAUGCUAUUACAGUGAUUUUAUUUAUCACAUUUCUUCUAAUGGACUGAGAAAUUUCCAUUUCUAUCUUCAGGGACAGUCAGGAUUCAUUAAUACCAUUUAUUCUGAAUGUCUGCAGUAAGAUGCAGGUGUACUACCUCAAAAGUCAUGGUUUUUCAUGAAUAAUCAAGAUAUGGCAUUUUGUAAGAUCCUAACUGAAUGGUAAAGGCAACUUUGAAGGUCAAGGUUGAACAUUAGAUCUAAAUUUUAAGUUGAAUGUCAAAUUGAAGACUGGGGUAUGAAACUUUCAAGAUAUGAAAUACUGAUACAAAAUGUGGGGAUUUGGGUAGCUUGAAAGGCUCAUAUUUUUAACACAGAGGCUUUUUCACUUCUCAAUAAAUCACAAUGAAUUGACUCAAUUGAGAGGCUUUUUACUCCAUUACCCAAAAAGAAAUGUACUGAAUGUGUUGCUCUGUAUUUACUUUACAAGCACAGCACUUUGAUUUAUUUUGUUUUAGCUAUCCUUGGCUAUAUUAUGUUGAAGGGGAGGACAAGGCCCUGUGCUUUGUGUGUAUGAGGGCAGAACAAGAAGGAAAGUUGUUAAUUAACUAUAAGGACCUAACAUUUAUCACAAUUGGAUUUUCAAAUUUGAGAAAACCUGAAAAAUUUGCUACCCAUGAAACUAGUGCCUGCCAUAAGGAAGCAUUGUUAAAAACAGUUACCCUGUCAAGGCAAAUAACAGAUAUUGGUGAGACUCUCUCAUUGGUCCAGGCUCAGGAGAAAAUGGAAAACCGUAUAUAUUUAAAGGCAUUACUCUCUUGUGUUUGUUUUCUAGCCAGACAAGAUAUUGCUCUUCAAGUUCCUACCAUGCAGGAAUCAAACUAUAUACAGCUCCUGAAACAUAAAAGCAACCAUUACACAACUUCAGACAUCCAGAAUGAAAUGCUACAAGUUAUGGCAUUAUCUAUUCUAUUGGAGAUAGCUUCAUGUCUACAAGCUAUAUACAUCUCAGUUUUGGCAGAUGAAGUUACAAAUUUAUCAAAUAAAGAACAAUUGGUCAUAUGCAUCAGAUGGGUAGACAAUGACUUCGAGGCCCAUGAGAAUUUCAUUGGUUUGUACAAUGUUGAUUGAAUUAAGUGAGACAGUAACAAACACUAUCAAGGAUGCUCUAAUAAAAAUGAAUAUAUCACUGAACAAGCUAAGAUAUUAGUGUUACAAAGGGACAUCAAAUAUGGCUGGCUCAAGGUUGCCACAAGUAUUGAGAAAAUAGAACCCAGGGCAAAAUUUACUCAUUGUUAUGGUUAUGCACUUAACCUGGCUUGCAAUAACACACUUAAAUCAUGCAAAGUGCUUAGAAAUGCUCUAGAUAUUAGCUAUGAGAUCAUACAAUUCAUCAAAUUUUCUCCUAGACAUGAAGCUGAGUUUUUGAAACAAAAAUAUGAGAAAGAUAUUGAAUUUCAAACAACUGGAAUUCAAAGCAUGUGUCCAACAAGAUGGACUGUUAAAGCUAAUGCAUUAAAAAGUAUUAUUGACAACUACAGAAAUCUUAAUGAUCUGUGGGAAUUAUCAAUUCCUGAUACAAGAGACACUGACAUGAAAAUACACAUUAUUGGUGUAUCUUCCCAGAUGAAAGUAUUUCAAUACUUCUUUGGUACUAAGCUUUUACAGCUUAUUCUAAGGCAUUGUGAUAAUCUUAGUAGAACACUGCAGAAAACACCAAUUUCAGCUGCAGUGGGACAAAAUAUUACAAAUUUAACUGUAAAAACCCUCAAGUCUUUGAGAUCUGAUGAUAAAUUUGAUCUGUUUUAUCAAGUCACAGAGGAUCAAGCUGGAUGUCAACUCACCAUGACUGCCAUGGCAAUGGAGUAUACCAAGGAAACUAGACAAUAACCCCAGUGUGUCAUCACACCAGGUUCAAUCUCCUAAAUACUAUUUUAGAAUAAUAUAUUUUGAAGGCAUUGAUAGUAGGUUUCACCAGCCAGGCUAUGAUGUUUAUAGAAAUCUCCAAGAUUUGCUGCUGAAUGCUGUCCAAAGAAAACCAUUCACCAUUGAAUUAGAUAAUGCAACCAAUUUGUAUACCAAGCUAGAUAAAGAUACCUUGUCAGCACAAAUGGAGACUCUUGCUGUACAAUUUGAGUCACAGUCAGGUCCAGUAGACAUUAUGGAUAUAAAUAAGUACAUGAUACCAAAAAAAUUUACAUUAGUGAAGUUAUCAAGGUCCUUAAAUUGAUUUUAGUGAUGCCUGCUACCAGUGCAGUUAGUGAGAAGCCUCCAAGUGCUCUGAGGAGAGUUAAACAUACCUAAGGUCAACUACAAACCAGCAGUGGAUAAAUCACUUGCUCAUCCUUCAUGUCCAUAACAAUUUAACAGACAAACUAGCUAUGGAUCAGGUAGCUAAUUACUUUAUCAAAAGAAACAAACACAAGUCAAAUAUUUUCAGUGUUCAUGACUCUGGUAUAUCAAAGAACUAGUAAAAACAAACUCUAAUUUUGUGCACUGACAAGUUUACAAUUCACAUGUUACAGUCAGGUUGGAAAAUACAGUGGUCUUAUGAAUGUACCUCGUCAAAUAUUUUUGCUAUAACUUAUUUGCAUUCAUCUCUCAGCAUGAUAUUGCGUACACAUUUUCAGUAACUAUAAAAGAGAUAAUUUUACUGCUGAUGCAGAUGUAAUUUUAUUGAAAAUGAUAAAUUUGAUAUAUCUAUGCACCAACAUAAGCAAGUUGUAUAUAGUAUACAUUGCCUUUUUGUAGAAACAAUUAGCAAGUGUUCCUACAUUAUUAUGACAGGGACUUUGUGAAUGAAAAAAAAAUUACAAUUUCUUUGCUCAUUUGCUUAUUAGUCAACAAGUUUUCUUAAAUAACUUUGUGUUCUAUGUUGUCAUAAUAACCAUUAAAAUUUAACUUGAAUCUGGAAUAACUAUUCUGGUAUUUGUAGAGAUUGUAACAUUUUAGAGUGCUAUAUUUCUAUUAUAGCAUCAUUUGCUAGUAUUACUGUUUGGGUUAUUAAUAUAUAACCUUUCAGUGCAACAUGCAUUACGUGGAACAAAUUGAUAAAUACACUAGCUCAAUGUGUAACUUGCAAUAUCUAAGAAGUAGUAACGAUCACUUUUACAUAUUAAAAUAAAAUAUUCUAGUAGUAGUGAUGUCUUUUCUCAUCAAUUCCAAAUGAAAAAAAAACAAAACAUUUUAACAUUUUGUCUAUUUAUUCACCUCAUAUUUAAAAGCCUCCAGGGCUCUUGACCCCAGCCAAAUAGGUGAGGGUCUGGCACACACUGCCUUGCUUCACUUAGUGACCCCCCCCAGUUUAAAAUGCUUCUAGGGCCCCUGCCUGCUGAUGUUGCAUCUGUUUUUCAUUUAUCAGAGUAUAAAGUUUCAUAAUUACAGGGGUCUUGGUAAUUAGAAAUGUGGCCACUCAUUUCAAUCAUUUUCCACUUCAUGCUUGUAGCUCAGUUGGUACAGUAUUUGCAUGAUGGACAAAAUAUAAUGGGUCGAACUACAAGGAGGCAAAAUAUAUACUAGGUAUAGAUAUAUAGCACAAAUCAAAAACAUUAACAAUGAACAAAAAUUUGUUGUUGUUUUUUUCAUUACCAGUCCUUGUUAUCAUCAUUAACUGAGCAAAAAAAUGUCUGUGGUUAUAGCUCCCAAAUACACAGGGGAUAUUCCAUCUGUUAGAUUGGAUCCAAAUGCAGAUGUUAAAGUAGUCAGUAGCUAUGGAGAAUCAAUUAACAGUUAGGAGUUGAGUGCUUGAACCCACAAUGUCUCAACUGCUAUUGAAUUUUAACCCAAAAACAAGUAAAUGCAAAGUUACUUAUAAUAUAAAGAAUCAAUAAUAGUGAUAAACAUACACAUUACUUAGACUUAGAUAUUAAUUUUUUGGGAGGCAGAUUACAGUUGACUAUUUUUGAUAAGAGAUUUUGUUUUCCAAUCUUUGGUCUACCCACUCCUAAUUGUGUGGUUCCUUCUAUACUAUUAAAGGAACUAUUAUUUCUUAAUUUAAAAUAUAUUUGGCAGUUUGUAACAACAGUAAUUCUUUUAUGGAUAAUGUCCAAUUAUUGAUAAAUUAAAAAAUAAUGGUUACAAAGAUUGGCAAAUAAAAACAUAUUUUCACAUUUUAUAAUAAAUACAAUAAUAUGUUAAAAAGUAAAUUCUCGAUUACUCAAACUACUUUUUGGAAAACACAAAGGUUGCAAGUUAUUCAAGGUCAUCCUUAGUUUAUAUCUAAUCACCCAUAAAAUAAUUAGGUGCUAAAUCAGUAUAUCAGGCAGAAAGACCAACUUCGGGUAGCAGGACUUGUCUCAGCUCACCCGGUUUGUACUUGAACAAAUUUUUAAAGAGGAAGGGAGGAGGAUGGGAGUUUAAGUAAUUAUUACAAAACUAUUAAGUUAUGGAUCUUUAGUACUAGUUAACAUCAAUUUGUAAUAAUUAUUAAAAUUGGUGGAGGUUGGGUGUCCUAUAAAUUGCAGAAAUAAAGGGUGGCUUAUUUCUGAUUAUUUAUUAACUGAUUCUCCAUAGCUGCUGGCUAGUUUGACAUUGUGUUUGAAUCUUGUCUGAUAGAUGGAAUAUCCCCAACACAUUUCAAAGUUAUAACUACAUACAUGUUGGGCUAUGAAUUAAUUUCAUUAUUGUUACAUAGUGCUGAUUUGGUUGCCUUUUAUAAUUACUGUAUCUUACAAUAUUAGAAUUAAAAUUUCCAAUUUGCCAGCAUUCUAGUGGCCUUUCCAGGACCAUGAAAUUAGACCCAAGGGCUGUCAUUGUUUUUGAGAGCGGAAGACAGUAGUAAUGUGAGCUGUGACUUACUAGCAAGUACUACCAGUUUGUGGCUCAACUUAUAAAACAUUCAUAUUUUUCCUCUAAUGACACAACUAACAAGCAUAGUUGGCGUAUGAAUGCAAACAUGUAAACAACAGAACUAUUUAUUCCUACAAUAGUUGGAAGAUGAUAAUAAAAGUAAUUUGCAAACAGACAAUAAACACAUUAUUUGUAUUUACAACUGGGUUACAAAAUUAAAACUACAAUUUACUAGCAGAAAGAUAAUAAAUAAAACAAAGUUCAAGAACUUUCUCAAUGUGUGCUAAUUAAUUUAUAGGUUCUAAUCACUAUUAAAACAUUAAUUUGUGCUCAUAAUCGUCAUAUAGUGACAAGUACAUUAACUAUUAUACAUUUUUAGUAAUAAAAUUAAUAAAAGUAGAAAUAAUAGGCACUCUGUAUAAUAAUAAUAAAAAAAAAUCUGUCGGGCCAAACAAUUUUUCCAUCAUAAACCAGGGACCCUCCUACUCUACACAAAGUACCCUAUGGAGACCUCAGCUUACAAAAUAUUUAAACAUGUCAACCUUAAUGAACGAGGCAGUGCUGGUUACAUAUAAAAAUAAACAUGUAAAAAAUAUAAUUAAACAUGAAUAAACAAUUUGAAAAAUGUUAGGCAAAAUUUUUUCAAUGACUAGAACCUGGUUUGAAUUGUCCAGGUGGUUAUUUUUAGCAUCUGUUCCUUUUCUUGUAAUCCUAAACCAUUCUUCCUUGGGCAGUUGACCUAAAGCAUAUGGACAUUAUCUCUGUCCCAGAAAGUGGAUGUGUCCCUCUGAAGACAUUGGUUUAUUGCAAACACAGGAAGAAUACUCCUUCAAUGUGUUGUCAUCUUUACCCUGCUUAAGCAGUUCCCCUUUUCUCUUCCUCCUUAUCAUAGUUCUUGGCAUACAAGUAGUGGAUAUCGUUGGUACUAUUAUAUGUGAUAGAAUAGGAAAUUAUGUCAAUGGAUUAAUUUCAAGUGAUUCUGUAGUCACCUGCUGCCUGCCCCUCUGUGUUUUCUGGUUCCUGCAUAACCAUGAAUGUCUGGUGGUAGUGGUUCAGUGCUUGUGUAGGCUGUGAUAAGGAGCUCAGAGUCUAUUCUCAUCCAGUCUUGUUCGUGU